AUGACAAUCGCAGGAGCCAUGGGUCUCAAAGCAGUUGCAGCAGCUAAAGCCGCUUCUGCAGCUGCCAAGCAAGCAGCUGCCCAGGCAAUUGCAAUGGCUCAAAAUACAAACUUGGCGGCCUUACAGGCAGAGCAAGCGCAGGCAAAUUUGGAGAAGUAUGUUUAUGGCGUUCCGGUGUCGUCCGUGCCACCGUCUGUGUCGCCCAUGCCACCGGCGGCCAUACAUCCGUAUCCUAUGAAGGCUCAAAUGCCGCUGACGGCGGGAUUGGUGUGCUGCUGCAAUGAUCCUAUGCAAAGUAGGCUGAUUUCUCGCAGACGGACUCCCAGGGUCUUAGCGGCAGACCUGGCAGAGUUUCUGUGA